AUGUAAACAGUAGCGUGCUCGCCUCCAUGGAUCAAGUACGCAGAAAGUGUUGAGUGUUUGAUGAAUUCCCGUGUUGUGAGAACUAAGGUGUAACAAGCCUCCAGUUAGUCAAGAUGGUUGAAACUAUGGAGGUGUCAAGAUUAUCAGGAGGAGAAGAAGAUGAGGAACCCAUAACUGUGCUGACGGAGGCCCGUCACCUGGAGACAAUCACGGCUCCCAACACGGCAGCACACUCAUGGAGACUGAAGGAACGAAUGAAAACAGUUAGUGUAGCAUUGGUGUUGUGUUUAAAUAUCCCAGUAGAUCCACCAGACAUUGUGAAGACACAGCCAUGUGCCCGUCUAGAGGCAUGGAUAGAUCCUCUCUCAAUGCCUCCACCAAAGGCUAUUGAAGCUAUUGGAAACAGCUUACAAAAGGCAUAUGAACGCUGGCAGCCAAGAGCGCGCUACAAGCAGUCACUUGACCCCACAGUUGAAGAAGUUAAGAAACUGUGCACGUCACUCCGUAGGAAUGCCAAAGAAGAGAGAGUUCUUUUUCAUUAUACUGGGCAUGGUGUUCCUAAACCUACUUCAAACGGAGAAAUUUGGGUAUUCAAUAAGAGUUAUACACAAUACAUCCCCCUAUCCAUAUAUGAGCUGCAAACAUGGAUGGGUGCACCUUCCAUAUAUGUUUAUGACUGCUCAAAUGCUGGUAUUAUUGUCAAACUUUUUGAGCAGUUUGCAGAGCAACAUGAAGAAGAAUGGAAGCAUAAAGGCACCAGUGGGGGUAGCAGUCCUCCACCUCCGUCCUUCCGUCAGUGCAUUCAGCUUGGGGCAUGUGGAGCCAAGGAGAUCCUCCCCAUGAACCCAGACCUUCCUGCCGACAUGUUCACAGCUUGCCUCACCACCCCAAUCAGCAUGGCGGUGAGGUGGUAUCUCUUGCAGAAUAAGGGCAAGCUUCUACAAGGCCUUAAUCUUGAUAUAGUAGACAACGCCUCGAGUUGCAAAGCAGACUUGGUGCGAGAAGAGGGCUAUAAAUAUUUCCUGAAAGUUCUAGCUGAUCCGUCAAUGCCUGCUGAGCAUCGUACCAUGGCAGCAUUUGUGCUGGGUGUCAUUGUGUGGGAACACCCCGAAGGACAACGGGUGGCUCUGCAGGGUUCUCUUAUGCCAUUGUGUCUAGAGCAAGUGACAGAUCCACACCCACCUCUUAGGCAGUGGGCCACACUCUGCCUGGGCCGCACAUGGCACCAUCACCCGGAUGCAAGAUGGGCUGCAACUCGUGACAAUGCCCAUGAAAAGCUGCACACACUUCUGUCAGAUCCUGUACCAGAGGUACGUGGAGCAGCAGUCUUCUCCUUGGGAACAUUUGUGAGCAGUCUGGCUAGUCAUGAGAGGACUGACCAUGCCCGUGCCAUAGACCACACCAUUGCCAUAACUCUAGCCAAUACUGUCACUCAUGACGGCUCUCCACUUGUCAGACGAGAGUUGGUAGUUGCCUUGCAAUAUCUCAUCCAGAUGUAUGAAAGCUCCUUCCUCACAGUAGCACGGCAAUAUUUUCGUGAAGAGAUGGUUGAUCUUUCACCCCAGUCACUGACAUCUUCUACUGAUAGCAUAAUGUCGCCAUCAAAUAGCAUCAGUCGUGUGUUUACACGUCAGGGGGGAAGACAUGUCACAUCCCCUAAUCAGACAUUAGGGACAAGUCCAGACACCUCCCUCACUGACUAUGGCCCUAUGUCACCAGUAGGAGUGAAAAGGACGGCAUCAACACAUUCUAUAUCUUCCCUAGGGUGCACCAAUGUCUUUUCAGGGGUCAGUACUCUGUCUUAUAGUGGAAUGUAUUGCAAACUGUGGCAGACACUCAUUACACUGGAACGGGAUCCAUUCCCUGCUGUAGCCUCAAUGGCAAAGACAGUAGUAGAUUAUGUUAGAAACAAAAUUGUAACUGGCUCAAGAGAUAUAAUGGAACAAAAGGUAGAAUCUGCUCCAGGUACCCCAGUCAAUAAACCUAUUUUCUUGCCUGGGGAAUCACCUCCAUCAACCAUAGAGACCUCUACACCAACACGCUCAAGAUCAAGGAACCAUUUGAAUAACCAUCCUACAAGAGCUGGUCUCUUAUUGAGUUGGGAGCAGGAUACCACAACCUUAGUUACUGGAGGUGACUCUCGAACUGUCAGGCUCUGGGAUUUACAAGCAGAGCGUAGGACAAUGGAGUUACCAACUGGGGGAGAUAGUACAUCAUUUAUCACGGCAUUACAUUCUCACCAAGCUGGACCUUGGAUUGUGGCUGGAUUUUCUGAUGGUUACGUUCGAUUACUUGAUCGUCGCCUCCCUAGUAACCGUGCUGUCGUGCAACGGUGGCGAGAACAUAGCUCUUGGCUCAUCAGUGCACAUUUGCUUAAUGCAUCACAGGCCACUACAAAAAUUAUCACAGGAGUUGUCUCUGGAGAGGUGAGGUUAUGGGACAUGAGACAGUCAAAUUCUGUCCAGGUGUGUGCUCCAAAUCAAGAAAUGACUGCCAUGGCCACCCAUGCUAAUGCUCACCUUUUUGCCACGGGGUCAGUAAAUCAGGUGAUUGGUGUUCACCACGCAAGUGGCUCAUCAGUGAAUGUAAUCAAGUAUCAUGAAGGUUUCAUGGGGCAGCGCAUAGGACCUGUGUCUUGCCUGGCCUUCCAUCCUCGGAGAGUCCUUCUUGCAGCUGGCACAACUGACAGUUACAUCACAGUCUACGGACUGUCUCGAAGAUAGUGUAAAUUACACCUAGGUGAUGCUGUAAGCAUAAUUCAUAAAAAGGAUAGAUUGUUCCUUGAUUUUUAUCUAUGGAGCCAUAUUUUAAAGGCAUUAUGAAUAAUAAGACUCAAAGUACUUGAGAAAACCCAGUGUAGACAGUAUUUUGUGAUGAAAACAAAUAUACCAGGGAUGCAGUAGGCUUUACCCAGGAUACCUGUAGAAAUGGAAUGUAAGAGAACUUAACAUGCUUGACAAACAUUGCUGAUUUUACAUGUUCAUACUCCUCCUUGGAAGUAGAAGCCAGUGAAGUACUUUCAAUUUUGCAUCAGGAAUUAGUAAAUCAGCAUGUGAACUGUGUUGGUGAAAGAGUUGUGCACAUGAUAGCACACCUAUCUCAUAAACACAAUAUAGAAUUUUUUUAGUUAGAAAGUGUACAGAUUUAAUGUUGCUCAUUAAUGUAUAUAUACAACAAAUAUAUUACUGCCAGACCCAUUUGUAAUCAACAAAAUGGAGUUACUGUACAUUACAAAAUUACCUUAGUAGUUAAUGUUAAAAUAGAGACAUGGGAGAUGUAAGUGCUUUCAUUAUCAUGAGAAGGGCCUCUGUUGGAAGAGGUAUGAUAUCUCACCUUAACUCUAUAUAUUGCCUUUUUAUUUAUUAUUUUUUCUUGUUUGCUAAUCUUUCUCCUAUGUAACAUGGCAUGAAGAAGAGUUCCCUGAUAUCUUAAAGAUAUUUAUAUCAGUAAAAAAUAUAUGCAAAUUGUUUUAGAAAUAAAGAAAUUGAUAGAACCCCAGUACUCUGAGGUUACCAGCUAUAAGCCUAAUGGAAAUAUGUAUAAAAGAUAAAUACAAUUUACUGUAUAACACUAUGUUGUGUGUAAGGGUAUGUGUGUGUAUGCUUAUGCCUGAUUACUGCAGGAUUCUUUUGUGUGAUUACAUAUAUGUGUCCAUGCUUGUGUUUAUUAAAAUGUGUGUGUGUGUUUGUGUGUAUAUUUGUGUGUAUGAGUGUGUUGGAGAUACAGAAUAGUAAACUUUAUUACAUUUUACAUAUGGAAAUUAUUCAAAGAAUCAUAUUUUAGUAUAUGUUUAUGUUACUUGGUAUCAUCAUUAUUACUGUAAUUAACGAUUUUUCAUAUAA